AAUCGUUGGCUGGAUCGCAGACUGCCUGCUAAAUAUCACAUGUGGUCGAGUAAUAAAGGCCAGGCGCUACACUAUCCUUGUUCUUUGCAGUUUCUUUCCCUGCAUUCACUCCACGUCGUGUCACUCAGGACCCAGCCGGACAGCCUCUGUGCCAGUAGUGUCCAGAGCAAUCGUUGACAAUGGUCAGCUCUUCGUCGCUACCUCCAGAGCUGCGGAAGCUCUCGGAUGACGUCUAUGUGUAUGACCCUAGCAUGAACUCUCCUGGCGACAGCCGCAGCAGUGCAAGCGAUCCCACAGUUGUUGUACUAUACACAUGGGCCGAUGCACAUGUACGCCUGAUCCAGAAAUACUUCCAAGGGUACAGAGAUAUCUACCCGUCAACUAAAAUUAUUAUUGUCAUGGCCAAGACGAUGAAGACAUUUUUCGGCAGUCAAGAAACAAAUCAAGCUGUGGUGAGGGAAAUGGUGGUUAAGGAAUUGUGGCCGCUUAAUAGCGGCAAACCAAGUCCGUCUUCUGAACUUCCAGACUCUGUGAAAUAUCGGGGAACGCCACAUCCCCGCAUCCUCAUGCAUGCCUUCUCGAACAGUGGCGCCGUCAACCUGGAGGCGACUGCGUUGGUUUGGCAUUCAUUACAACGAAGCGUGAGCCAAUGCAUCGGUCCACUGCCCAUCAAAGGCCUCAUUCUCGACUCGACGCCAGGUGGAUCCUCCUUUUCCCUUGAAUUCCAUCGCUGGACAGCCGGGGUAGCCUUGGGGUUCGCGUUUCUCCCCAGGAUCGUGGCGAAACUGGUGGCGGCCAUCAUCGUGCUGCUAUAUUUUGGGCUACCGGGUCUGCUCGGAAAGGAAGUGCUUCCUGUCCGUGGGCGGAGAGUCGUCAAUUCGCCCGACUACAUACCAACAACCAGCGCACGAUUGUAUAUAUACUCAGACUCGGACCCUUUGAUUGGCGACAAGGAUGUAGAGUCACAUGGGCAUGAAGCUAAGGCGAAGGGAUAUCGGCACAUUGAGUUGGAAAAGUUCCAAGGUUCGGGCCAUGUGGCACACAUGCGACAGGAUCCGAAGAAGUACUGGGCAGCGAUUGCAAGGUUUUGGGAUAAGAGCUGUGUGUGAUGUUCGUAUCGUUUUGUCUUACGACUUGGGUGAUUGAAAGAAGUACGUAGUGGGUCAGGGUCUUGUAAUAUAUGUUUUGAAUCCUAUGCCUUUUUCAUUCAUUUGCGGAGUGACGGAGUAUGAGAUGUGUGUGCAAGACUGCCGGAAAGCGACGGAUCCUGCGAUAGCCGACGGUGGAUCUUAUCUGAUCAUCUGAUAAUCGCCGAGGAUUGUGUGGCCAAUCGG